AUGGACUGGUUUUCUUGGCUCUCAAAAACUGGGCUAGAGCCCUCUCUUGUUUACGAGUAUGGCCUAGUUUUUUCUCACAAUGAGCUUGAAGAAGACGAUAUAGGUUACUUCAAUCAUGAAUUCCUCCAUAGUAUGGGAAUUUCGAUAGCCAAACAUAGGCUAGAAAUUCUCAAACUAGCUAGAAAAGGAAGAGGUAGCAUACGACAUCCCAUGUCAAGGCUUUUUAUCGCAGUCAAGCGAACAAAGCGGUGUUUUUCAAAGUAUUUUCGAGCAUGGAUCCUUCGUGAGGACUCGUCUCUAGCGCUCGUGCCAAGGCGUAGCUAUAGCACAAGAAGGAAGAAUGCUAUGGUCAAGAGGAACAAUAGACUGAUGGUAGCUAAACAGAGUAGAGGAACACCACUUCUUCUCACAAAUGGUAGUCCUAUGUUGAUGCCUAGUUCGCGAAUUGAUAGCUUCUCGAGCCCCAUGAAUAUGAUGGUGCAUGAUCUUCGCAAAGACAAUCAAAAGCAUCAUCAAGAUUAUGAAGAAUAUUGGUCAUCUGCUGUUGAAGAGAUGAGGUGGGACACAUUGUUUCACAACUUGAAACCAACUUAA